AUGGAGGAGAAGAGGUUUGAGUGUAGGUAUUGUUUUCGGAAGUUUCUUUGCGGUAAGUCUCUUGGUGGUCACAUAAGGACUCAUAUGAUGAGUGAGAAUGAAGAGAGAAGAAUAAUGAAUGCUAAUGCUGCUGCUUCUGUGUUUAAGUUUGAUGAUGGAAGAAAGAGAAAGAGAUCUGAAUUAGGGUCUAGUAGUGUUGGUGGUGAUGAUGGAAACUACAUUUAUGGUCUUAGAGAGAAUCCCAAGAAAACAACUAGGUUUGUGCAUUCCAAUGCUGCUGCUGUUUCUUCUGCUACUGUUCAGAUUGAAAGAUUCUGCAAAGAAUGUGGAAAAGGCUUUCCGUCGUUGAAAGCUUUAUGUGGUCACAUGGCUUCUCAUUCGGAGAAAGAGAAAGUAAUAUCUCGGAUUGAAGACGUGUCUGGUGUCAGAGAUGGUCAGUCGGAUACUGAGGAUUCGGUUCCGACUGAUACUCGGAAAUCAAAGAGAAUGAAGCUUAAGAUUAUUAGUAAUGAGAAUAGGCCGUCUUCGUCUUCGCCUCCGUGGGGAAACUGUUCUUCUUCGAUUUCGGAAGUUGAUCAAGAUCAUGAAGAAGUUGCUAGGACUUUGAUGAUGUUGUCUAGAGAUCAUACCUUCAAGGGUCCGUUUGCUUUGGUGGCAGACUCUUCUGAUAACAACUCUGUUGUUGUAGAACCCGAAGCGAAAUUGAAACUGAAAUUGAAAUUGAAAUUGAAAUCGAAAUCGAAUUCGCCUGAUGUUGAUACUAAGGUUGUUGGUAUGAAUCAUGGCAAGACCUUUGUGACGAUCAAUGGUGUGAAGAUGAAGAAUUAUGGAGAGGGUUAUGAUUCUGAUAACUCUGAUUCUGGUUAUUUCCUACACGGUCCUAAAAAGGUAGAAUCAGAUGAUGCUUCAAGCGAUUGGUGUUUGAAGAAUCGAUUUCAAGAUCAUGAUUUAGAGUCAAGUAAGAAGAUAGUAGAAAGCAAUAAGAACAAUGGUUAUGGUAAUAAUGAAAUGUAUUCGAGUUUGAAGACUCAAAGAGAGAGUUUCUCGGAUGAUUCGGUUUACGAGAGUGACGAAAACAGCACUGAUAGUGAUUCAUAUACUGCUCCAAAGACACAAACCAACAACAAGAGCAACAUGAAUGGAACAAAGAGUGGUAACAAUAACAAGAAGCCAAGUUGCAAAGGGAAGAAGAAAAUGAAGUCAAAGAAAGGCAAAGAACAUGAUUGUCCACUUUGCCCCAGGACUUUCAAGUCAGGACAAGCUUUAGGAGGCCACAAAAGAUCACAUUUUGCAACUGGAGUUUCAACUCAGGACACUCUUGUCAUUAGACCAGGUGCUGCUGCUGCUUCUCAAGCUCAAGCUCUUGCUCCGGUUCCGGUUCCCGCUCCGGCUCCGGCUCCGGCUGCAGUUAAUGCUUGCUUGAUUGAUCUUAAUCUACCUGCUCCUGAUGAUGAAUAG